AUGGCAGAUGUCAAGGAGCUCCCGGAUAACAUUUCUACAAUCUCGGUGAAACAAGAUGUCGAAAAUGCAGAAUAUGUCUCGAGCAGGAAGAGACAAGAGGCUCCCGCCUACAUUCAGUCGCUCAACCCAGAGCAACGGAUCGCUGCCGAGAAAGCUCUCGUCCGGAAGAUAGACAUUCGUCUGAUCCCCAUGAUCAUCAUCAUCUACAUUCUGAACUACCUAGACCGAAACAACAUCGCCGCGGCCCGACUUGCUGGGCUGGAGGAGGAACUCAACCUCCACGGCACCCAAUACCAGACUGCGGUGUCUAUCCUGUUCGUAGGCUAUCUACUGAUGCAAGUCCCGUCGAAUUUAUUCCUCAACAAGUUCGGAAAACCAGCAAUCUAUCUCUCCACGGCGAUGGUUAUCUGGGGUAUCAUAUCAACAGCCACAGCAGGAGUACAAUCGUUUGGGGGCUUGAUCGCUGUCCGGUUCUUCCUUGGUUUUGUGGAGGCCGCAUACUUUCCUGGGUGUCUAUACUAUCUCUCCUCUUGGUACACUCGAAAAGAACUUGGUUUCCGCACCGCCAUGCUCUACUCUGGAUCUCUUUUAUCCGGUGCCUUCUCCGGCCUCAUCGCUGCCGGUAUUACCGAAGGGCUUGAUGGUGCACAUGGUCUUCGAGCUUGGAGAUGGCUGUUCAUCGUGGAAGGCGCCAUCACCAUCGGUGUUGCCAUGAUUGCAUAUUUUAUCCUACCCAAUUUCCCACGCACGACGGCGUGGCUGAGCGAAGAAGAAAAGACGUUGGCCGCAUGGAGACUUGAAGAAGAUAUCGGCGAGGACGACUGGGUCGAUAGCAAACACCAGUCGUUCCUCCAUGGAGCUAAACUCGCUGCGAAGGAUAUCAAGAUGUGGAUCUUGAUGAUCAUCCUUUUUUGCAUUGUCUUCUCCGGCAGUGUCACCAACUUCUUCCCUACCGUCGUCGAGACACUAGGCUAUUCCAAAAUCAAUUCUCUCCUACUCACCUGCCCACCAUAUGUCCUGGGCGUGAUCACCACAUUCAUCAACGCCUGGCACGCCGACCGCACAGGCGAACGGUAUUUCCAUAUCACAGGCCCACUAUACUUUGCUGUGAUCGCCUUCAUCCUCGCUGCGGCAACCACAACCACGGCUCCCCGUUAUCUUGCUAUGAUGCUCAUGAUUCCCGGCAUCUACUCCGGCUACGUUGUCUGUCUGGGCUGGAUUUCCAACACUUUGCCUCGCCCUGCCGCGAAACGUGCGGCUGCGAUCGCUGCGAUCAACGCCGUCUCCAACACCAGCUCGAUCUUUGCGAGUUAUAUGUUUCCCAGCUCCGCAGGGCCACGAUACAUAGUGGCCAUGUCUCUCUGCUGCACGACGGCUGCGAUCGCCAUUAUUUUUGCGACAGUAUUGAGGUUCAUGCUUGUUAGCUUGAACAAAAAGCUCGACCGCGGCGAGUUCGUCGAGGGUGCUGUCAACAAUGGCAAUGGCAAUGGUGCCAACAAAGUCGACAGUGUAUUGAGCGCUGGAGAGGGUGUGCCGGAAGAGGCGGCCCGAAAGGGAUUUAGGUUCUUGGUUUAG